AUAAGUGAGACACUCUCCACAGAUGCAAGUUGCAAUUUUGACAUCUGGUAUUGUGGCUGGGAGAAUGGGCCUGAAAGCCGGGACUUUACGUGGACUAGGCAAUUUGGUCCAACUCAAUCACGUGACACGGGACCGUCACGGGAUCACACCUCAGGGUCCGGAUUGUACUUCUACAUAGAAGCAUCAGGACGAAGCGUGGGAGAAACUGCUAGUCUUGAAUCACCAUACAUACAAAGCAAUGGGAACGCCACGUGCAUGGUUUUCUACUAUCAUCUCUAUGGACAUUCAAUUGGUAGCCUCAGAGUAAAGGUUGGAGAUCAGGUUUUGUGGCAGCUGUCAGGCAACCAAGGCAACAGUUGGUACAAAGCGACGGUGCCCCUUGAUUUUGAUGGCAUAUAUAGGGUCAUGUUUGAAGGUGUGGUUGGCAGUACUGCAUUCAGUGAUAUCGCGAUUGAUGAUGUUGAGUUUCUAGAAAAUACGAAGUGUGCCUCAACGGCUGAAACGUUAGUUCCCCCUAGAAUUCUGUGGAUUUCUCCCAGUCAAACAGCCGAACUUGGCAAAGAAGUAACUUUGGUAUGCACAGUAACUGGUCGGCCCACACCGCGUGUUGUGUGGAAGAAAAAUGGCAUUGUUCUUCAAGACAGUGUGUCUACUGGUAACAUCACUCUCGUCAACAUCUCCUCUGUAGAUGGUGGAAGCUAUGAGUGUUCGGCGAUUAAUAUUGUGGCAAAUGACACGAGAAUGACGCAGCUCAACGUUAUAGGAUUCCCGAGGGACACCGCCAUCAGUACCAACGUCUCUGCUAAUGUAGCCGCUCUCGGUGAAGCUGUUACAAUACGGUGUUCUUCUCUUGGCUACCCCAAACCAAUUUGUCGAAUUUACCAUGAGGGUGCCUUGGUUAACGUCAAUGACAGUCUUUAUGAUAUUCGAAACUUCACAGCGGCAGAUCAAGGGGAAUACACUUGUAACUGCUCCAAUACUGCGGCUUCAGAGGAGGUCAAUGUCACUGUUGUUCUUUAUGAGUCUCCAAAUAUCCAUUCCAUUUUUCCUGCCCAUCAACUGGCCAAUGAAACAGACACUUUUGAGAUUUUCUGUAAUGCGACGGGAAAUCCACCUCCUGUGGUAACAUGGACAAAGAUUGGCGACAACAACAAAGUCUACCCCACAGGAAAAUCACUGAGAGUGCAAAAUGCUGAGAAAUCAGACUUUGGAACCUACCAGUGCACGGCUGAGAGUGUGCGCGGCGAGAAUAUUUCCGCUGUAGCUACAGCUGAGAUUGACAACUUUUCACCAACGAUCGACUACAGUCCACAAAAUAUCACCAUUUUGGAAAAAGACAAAAGGAAUGUUACAUUGUACUGCAAUGCCACAGGCAGACCAAGAGUUCAGCUGUCCUGGGUUAGAGUUAGAGACGGCAACACAGUGGCUUUCGGAAAUACUCUUAAGAUCUUGACAGCUGACCGGUCACAUCGCGGGGAAUACAGAUGUGUUGCUGAUAAUGGAGUUGGAAAUCCGAUAUCUACAUCAGUAUAUAUUGAUGUUCUUUAUAAUCCAUCAUCCACUAGAUUAUUUACCGAUAAAGUGAAUGCCGCAGUCAGUGGGAACGGUCGCAUUGCACUGUCUUGUGUGACUGACGCAAACCCGCGGCCCAGCCAAUACCAGUUUUAUCGUGACGGUGUCUACCUUAGAACCAGUCUUACCGGAAUACACGUGAUCCAGAAAGCCAGAUACUAUGAUGCGGGCACGUAUCUGUGUGUGCCACUCAACAGUCUUGGGGUUGGCACUAACAGUUCUGUCCAAGUUUUUGUCAAUGGUCCUUUCUCUAUCAUUCACUUUCCACGAAACAUGACAGUGAACGAAAGUGCAAGUGUGUCAUUUUUCUGUAAUGGUACCUCUUAUUAUCCAUAUGAGAGUCUUGUACCUCAAAUCUCCUGGACUAAGCUUGGAGACAGCAACAAAGUGUUUCCAUCAGGUCAAAAGCUUGUUCUACAGAAUGUGAGUCGACAUGAUACAGGAACGUACGUGUGUGAAGCUAAGAAUGGAGUUGGGCUGCCUGAUACUGCUACUGCUGUUCUGAACGUGUUACAUAAGCCAUAUGACACCAAACUAGAGGCAUCAAUACCGGAUAACGUCGGAGUGUUAAACUUGUCAAUUAUCCUGACUUGCAGCGCAAAUGCUAACCCACCUGUUACUGCGUAUAACAUUUACCACAAUGGUAUCCUAGUGUCUAAUGCAUCCACUGGUGCCCAUAACAUCACACGCGCACUAGCAGAGCAUAAUGGAUCAUACGUGUGUGUACCUUACAACGAUUUUGGGCCUGGAGAAAGAGCCGCCCUGAACGUCACAUUUGUAGGUCCUUGUGGUGUUAAACGUGUGUAUCAUUCAUGGUCGCCUCAGAUCGUAGCAGGGGAGUACGCUAAAUCUGGGGAGUGGCCAUGGCAGGUACAGUUGGGAUACUUUGACAUCAGCGAGAGUAUCCCUCACAUCUGUGGUGCCUCCAUCUUGGAUCAUUACUGGAUUGUCACUGCUGCACACUGUGUAAAAAGUCCAUUCAAAGAAAGGCCUGCAGCUAACUUCAAUGUCACUGUUGGUAAGUACAUAAGAUUUUUUGUCCACAAAUGGGACAUUUUUUCGGGUCUAGAAGCAAUGAGCGUUUGCUUUUUUCACUUUGUAGGAUUGUACUUCUACAUAGAAGCAUCAGGACGAAGCGUGGGAGAAACUGCUAGUCUUGAAUCACCAUACAUACAAAGCAAUGGGAACGCCACGUGCAUGGUUUUCUACUAUCAUCUCUAUGGACAUUCAAUUGGUAGCCUCAGAGUAAAGGUUGGAGAUCAGGUUUUGUGGCAGCUGUCAGGCAACCAAGGCAACAGUUGGUACAAAGCGACGGUGCCCCUUGAUUUUGAUGGCAUAUAUAGGGUCAUGUUUGAAGGUGUGGUUGGCAGUACUGCAUUCAGUGAUAUCGCGAUUGAUGAUGUUGAGUUUCUAGAAAAUACGAAGUGUGCCUCAACGGCUGAAACGUUAGUUCCCCCUAGAAUUCUGUGGAUUUCUCCCAGUCAAACAGCCGAACUUGGCAAAGAAGUAACUUUGGUAUGCACAGUAACUGGUCGGCCCACACCGCGUGUUGUGUGGAAGAAAAAUGGCAUUGUUCUUCAAGACAGUGUGUCUACUGGUAACAUCACUCUCGUCAACAUCUCCUCUGUAGAUGGUGGAAGCUAUGAGUGUUCGGCGAUUAAUAUUGUGGCAAAUGACACGAGAAUGACGCAGCUCAACGUUAUAGGAUUCCCGAGGGACACCGCCAUCAGUACCAACGUCUCUGCUAAUGUAGCCGCUCUCGGUGAAGCUGUUACAAUACGGUGUUCUUCUCUUGGCUACCCCAAACCAAUUUGUCGAAUUUACCAUGAGGGUGCCUUGGUUAACGUCAAUGACAGUCUUUAUGAUAUUCGAAACUUCACAGCGGCAGAUCAAGGGGAAUACACUUGUAACUGCUCCAAUACUGCGGCUUCAGAGGAGGUCAAUGUCACUGUUGUUCUUUAUGAGUCUCCAAAUAUCCAUUCCAUUUUUCCUGCCCAUCAACUGGCCAAUGAAACAGACACUUUUGAGAUUUUCUGUAAUGCGACGGGAAAUCCACCUCCUGUGGUAACAUGGACAAAGAUUGGCGACAACAACAAAGUCUACCCCACAGGAAAAUCACUGAGAGUGCAAAAUGCUGAGAAAUCAGACUUUGGAACCUACCAGUGCACGGCUGAGAGUGUGCGCGGCGAGAAUAUUUCCGCUGUAGCUACAGCUGAGAUUGACAACUUUUCACCAACGAUCGACUACAGUCCACAAAAUAUCACCAUUUUGGAAAAAGACAAAAGGAAUGUUACAUUGUACUGCAAUGCCACAGGCAGACCAAGAGUUCAGCUGUCCUGGGUUAGAGUUAGAGACGGCAACACAGUGGCUUUCGGAAAUACUCUUAAGAUCUUGACAGCUGACCGGUCACAUCGCGGGGAAUACAGAUGUGUUGCUGAUAAUGGAGUUGGAAAUCCGAUAUCUACAUCAGUAUAUAUUGAUGUUCUUUAUAAUCCAUCAUCCACUAGAUUAUUUACCGAUAAAGUGAAUGCCGCAGUCAGUGGGAACGGUCGCAUUGCACUGUCUUGUGUGACUGACGCAAACCCGCGGCCCAGCCAAUACCAGUUUUAUCGUGACGGUGUCUACCUUAGAACCAGUCUUACCGGAAUACACGUGAUCCAGAAAGCCAGAUACUAUGAUGCGGGCACGUAUCUGUGUGUGCCACUCAACAGUCUUGGGGUUGGCACUAACAGUUCUGUCCAAGUUUUUGUCAAUGGUCCUUUCUCUAUCAUUCACUUUCCACGAAACAUGACAGUCAACGAAAGUGCAAGUGUGUCAUUUUUCUGUAAUGGUACCUCUUAUUAUCCAUAUGAGAGUCUUGUACCUCAAAUCUCCUGGACUAAACUUGGAGACAGCAAUAAAGUGUUUCCAUCAGGUCAAAAGCUUGUUCUACAGAAUGUGAGUCGACAUGAUACAGGAACGUACGUGUGUGAAGCUAAGAAUGGAGUUGGGCUGCCUGAUACUGCUACUGCUGUUCUGAACGUGUUACAUAAGCCAUAUGACACCAAACUAGAGGCAUCAAUACCGGAUAACGUCGGAGUGUUAAACUUGUCAAUUAUCCUGACUUGCAGCGCAAAUGCUAACCCACCUGUUACUGCGUAUAACAUUUACCACAAUGGUAUCCUAGUGUCUAAUGCAUCCACUGGUGCCCAUAACAUCACACGCGCACUAGCAGAGCAUAAUGGAUCAUACGUGUGUGUACCUUACAACGAUUUUGGGCCUGGAGAAAGAGCCGCCCUGAACGUCACAUUUGUAGGUCCUUGUGGUGUUAAACGUGUGUAUCAUUCAUGGUCGCCUCAGAUCGUAGCAGGGGAGUACGCUAAAUCUGGGGAGUGGCCAUGGCAGGUACAGUUGGGAUACUUUGACAUCAGCGAGAGUAUCCCUCACAUCUGUGGUGCCUCCAUCUUGGAUCAUUACUGGAUUGUCACUGCUGCACACUGUGUAAAAAGUCCAUUCAAAGAAAGGCCUGCAGCUAACUUCAAUGUCACUGUUGGGGAGCUUCAUAGGGGAUUGCACGAAGGAACGGAACAAAAUAUCCCAGUGGAGAAGAUCUUCCUACACGACGAAUUCGACCAGCAAAGCCUUGAAAACGACAUCGCCCUGAUGAAACUCAAACAACCGAUACUCUUUGAUGCGCAUGUCUCACCAAUCUGCCUUCCAGACUUCGAUUUUGCUGUUGGUACCACUUGUUACGUCACCGGAUGGGGACUGUCUGGACCUCUGGGUUCGACGUCAGACAUUCUUCAGGAGACUUCCGCCCCUCUGAUGGAUCACACAGUUUGUAAAAAUCAUUACACUGGCAUAAACCCGGUGACGUCACACAUGCGCUGUGCGGGGACCCUGGGUCAGAGUCAAGGUACAUGUAAAGGAGACAGCGGGGGACCGCUGACCUGUGAACGAGAUGGCCGUUGGUAUUUAAUGGGUGUUACCAGUUGGGCUAAUGGUGGCUGCAUGAAUAACGGCGACCCAGGAGUGUUUUCUGAUACUUUGUAUUUUAGAAACUGGGUUGAGGAAGUUAUGAGAAACAAUACAAGGACAACAAUUUAAAACGUAAUAUAUUAGGUCAUGGGUGGGUCAAAGUGCACUAACCUUGUGCAAAGCGAUGUUAAACUUGUUGGUGUGUUUCACACGGAUCAGUCGAAGAAUUAUGAUUUAAAUUAAAGUAAUGAAUUACAGUUGUUAAGAAUGAAGCUAUGACGCCAGAGUGCCCUGAGGCAUCGGGUCCCAUUUGCUCAAAGAAUAACGCUAUGCACCGGAUACUUGUAAAUCGCUAUCCGUUGAAAAACGUAAAGACUUUCAGUUAUACACCCCCUAAGCAACUGCGACCAGAUUUUCGAGGAGCUAAAUUGUACCCAGAGGAUUUCACAUGUCGAUUAAGCUUUAACCUAUGACGAAGUGGCUUGGUAGCCAGGAUAGUAAAAAUUCAAGAUAAAACCUUUCGAGUGUAAAUAAUAAAAAUUGAUUGUUAGGUCAAAUAUAGGAGAUGUACAGUGUGAGUAUAGUUAAUAGAGGGAUAUCGUUAUGAAGCUCGUCAAACUUCAAAGAAGCAAACACAGAUGCCAGUCUUUUGUUUUGAGCUCAUAUAUUAUCACGAAUUAAGUAACCGAAACUGUUCUAUUGUUUACUUG